GCAAAUGGCACUCUCACAGCUCACCUCUGACUGCAGCUGACAGCGAGCCAGGAAAACAAACCGCUCUGAUCUUUUAACAGAGGACAUUUACUCGUCUUACAGGGGAAGAUCUGCUGGAUUUGGACUCAGAGACAGUAGUUGUUUUGUUUUUUGAUUUUUUGGCAGAUGUCUGGCUUCUCCUGCCCCAGAAAUAAUUUGGUUCCUUGCUCUUAAGGAGGACCUUUUGAGAAUCACUUGUUGGAGGUUUUGCGAUGAUAAUGCCGGUGGUCAAAGUGGAGAAAGAGUCUCCGGCGGACUCCGGGUUGCCGUCCCCCAACCCUUCCCUGCAGACAGAGGACCAGCAGCCGCGCGGCAGGAGGAGGAAGAGACCUCUGCAGAGGGGGAAACCGCCGUACAGCUACAUCGCUCUCAUCUCCAUGGCCAUCGCCAACUCCCCCGACCGCAAGCUGACGCUGGGGGGGAUCUACAAGUUCAUCACCGAGCGGUUCCCCUUCUACAGAGACAACUCCAAGAAGUGGCAGAACUCCAUCCGCCACAACCUGACGCUGAACGACUGCUUCAUCAAGAUCCCGCGGGAACCCGGGCGACCCGGGAAGGGCAACUACUGGGCGCUGGACCCCAACGCAGAGGACAUGUUUGAGAGCGGCAGCUUCUUGAGGCGCAGGAAGAGGUUCAAGCGCUGCGACCUCAGCACCUACGCCGCGUAUGUCCACGAGACGCCGGUUUUCUCCCCGGUCCAGAUCACCAGGUCAGCUGCAUACUCCGGUUCCGUGUACCCCAACAUGGCGGUCAAUCCUGCAUACGGCCAGCAGUUGCCCUCCGCCGCCUACUACCCCUCAUCAUCGCCACCUGGAUUCUCACACAGCCAGCCCCGCAUGUUUAGCAUCAAUAACAUCAUUGGACACCCGGCGUCCGCCGGCAUGCUGGCAGGUCAGGGUGCGGAGAUGAUGCAGCAGCCGGGCCGCAGCUUCAGUCCGGAGGGGCUGCCGAACGGGCCCGCCGCCUGCAGCUUGGGAACGCCAGGGUUCCAGGGUCAGCCGUGCGGGGGAGCGGUGCCGCCCCGCUCCGCGACGCACCCUGGGUUCACCUACAGCGGCCCGAGCGGCCACCCGCACCACCACGCCCACCAGGGUUCUUACGGACAGGGUCACAACCCGGGUUACGCUUCGGCAGGCCGGAUCCACGCCGCGGCCCACGGCUCUGCGGAGACAGUGGACCAUUACGGCCGGGCGUCUCCGGUGCAGCUCGGCUCUUUCUCCCAGUACAACAGCGCGGCGGCAGGUGCGGUUACCAACGGCGGGAGCUACCUGAGACACCCGUCGUAUCCCGGGACCAUGGACCGGUUCGUUCCCGCGAUCUGAGCCACUGAACCUCAACGGUGGCUCCAACCAUAAAGUGACAUUCAGGCGCACAAACAGGACUUGUUUUCUCUAAACUGAGCAGACUGAGAUGAUAAAUGUGAUUUUUUUUUCUUGCUUUUAUUUUAAAAGCUCAUCUUCUCAUUCUGUAGGUUUUCAGUCAAAUGUACCUUUUUCUCCCCUUUUUUUGUCACAAUGUGAACGGAUAAAACACCGACAAGCCUCCUGAGCUUCAAACACAGAAUUAGUUAUGUUCAUAUAAAUAAUUCUGCUUCAUGGUUACUGGCUUUACACCAACAGGUUUGUUUGCAGAGGAUUAAUUGUAGAAAGAAAGUGUGCAUGUCAUCGUUUUGUUGUUUUGUUUUUUUUUUGCUUUUUUUUUUAAACAUAAAUGUAUAUUUUGUUUGCUUUUUGUAAAUAAACUGAUAGAGCACUUUUUCGUCAUGAAUAAAAAACAUUUAAUUACUGAUAAACCACUGCACUUAAAUUGCUCUCAAACAAAGCAAUUAUUCACUUUUUAUUUUAUAAUAAGGUGGAAAAUGUUUCUUACAGCAAAUACUUAUAAAAGCAGUAAAUUAAAAUUAUUCAUCCAGGUCCCAACUACCAAAUUAA